UACUUCUAACCACACUCUUUGACUUUUGUCACUUAUUUCUUCCUUGUUUAUUGAUCCUAGUCUUCUUUAUGGUUUUAACAUUGUGGGUUUCUGCUUGGGUUACUUCAUUUGGGGGGCAAAACGUUAUGUAGGAAUGGAUUGCAUGUCUCCCAAAGACAGAGACAUUGUCAUGAGAAAAGAGACCAAAUGCAAGUAAACAAAUAGUUACAGACAAAAGUAUGAUUUGGUCAUGGUUAACAUUGGGAAUGCAGUCCAUCCUAGGUAAGGAACAAAGUUAAGUUUGACGUGCUGACAGGAAGAAGAAAACGAGCUGCCCACCACUAACUAGAGCCUGAAGUCCUUGUUGUCUCAACUCUUGGCUUAUAGCCUUAUAUAUAACAAUGCAACUCAUUUUCCUCUUUCAUUCCCAUUGAAAUCUCUCUUCUCUUUCACCUUCUGGUAUGGGACUUCAAUCACAGAAGCACGAAAAGAGGGUCUUGGCCGAGAAAGAAAGCAAGUUCAAGCAGAGCAGCAGCAGCAACAACAAAACCAAAAGCAAGUUUGUUGGGGUGAGACAGAGGCCGUCAGGGAAAUGGGUGGCAGAGAUCAAGGACACAACAAAGAAGAUUAGAAUGUGGCUUGGAACAUUUGAAACUGCCGAGGAAGCUGCUCGAGCUUAUGAUGAAGCUGCGUGCCUUCUUCGUGGUUCGAAUACCAGAACCAACUUUACCAGUAGUCAUGUUCCUUCAAAUUCUCCACUCUCUUUGAAAAUCAAGAACCUCCUCAACCACAAAAAGAGCUUGAAACAACAAAGCCCUUCAACCCCCAACACCAUAAAAACCACCCCUAAAGCUAGUACUAGAAUUAGUAGUACUAUUACUGAUAACAAUAUUCAUAGUUCUAGUUACUACAAUGCUAAUUGCAGCUCUCUGCCUAGUUUCAAAUCCCAGAGCAUUGAGGUCUCUGGUGAUGCAUACAGACCAGACCUCAGCAACUGCAUUGGGGAUCUUCAAGUACCGGCUAUGUUCCACUUCGAUCAACCAUGGCAAUUCUUAAGCGGGUUUGAUCAGCUUCCGCAUAACCAUGAAGGGCUGUAUUUAACAAAAGGCAUUGCCACUGGAGUGUCACGUAGUGCAGCAGAGCCAAAUCAGCUGACAGAAUUCGAACACGCAGAGGUAGAAAGACAGAUAACUUCUGCUUCAUUUUAUGCAAUGAACGAAGUCAACGAGUACUUGGAGAAUGCAUAUGAUGAUGCAAGUGAUGCUCUGUGGGAUCUUCCUAGUCUGUCUCAGUUGUUCUGCCUUGGCUGAUGAUGCCUGAAUUGGCUAGUCUUCUUCUCUCGCCUACUACUAUAGUGUUGUAUGAGUGAAUUUAGUGAAAGUGUAAUUUUGUACGGAACUCUUGGAGAAUCCAUGCAUAUUAAUAGUCACUGAAAUGUUUGUCUCGGCUAUUCUCUGGGUUUGAUUAACGAUUGAUUUGAAUCAUUUGAUAUUGGUAACAUGAAAGGGGAACAAAAUGACGCAGGUCCUCUAAGGUUUAAGGAGGAGAUUGGGUUCUCUGUACGCAUCUAGUAAAUUGAACCCAACUUUUACCUUCAAC